CUAAAGUAUGAAAUUUUUAAUGUGCUUAUUUUUUAAGGCAUAUAAAAAUUAUCAGGUGUUAUCUUUGAGCAUAGAUUGGUACAUUUCUUUAGAUAUUUCUUUAUUUCUUACUUACAUAUGGUGUUUUUAUUACUUGCUUCAGCUUUUGCAAAGUAGGUUUGUUUUGUUUUUAGUCGAGAGGCUUUAACUACACAGAUUGGCUUCUGUGAGUUUAUGUUUCCACUGUUCUUUAUCUAGUUGUAUAUGCCAGGCUUCUGUAAUGAAAACUUACAAUGAGUGUUUUAUUACUUAACCUUACCAAAUGCCAGUUCUUAUUCAUAGGUACUUACCUAUGAAGGUUAUAAAUAUUAACAUGUCAUAUGCUUUGUUUAGAAAAAAACUAAUUUCUUUCCUACAUCUCAUUUUGGAAGAUUCUAUCCAAUAGAAUGCCACAAGGCAAAUUAAAAGGCACCCCUGCUUCAUGGAAUAUUAGAUGUUUUAAGACAGUGGAUUCCAGCCAUUACUUCCUUGUAAUAUAAAAUGGAACUACUUGCCCUUGCUCUCUCUCUCUUUUUAAAAUUCUCUUUCUUUCUUUCUGCUCUCCUCUAAAAAAGGAUCAUACAUCUGGCUCUCCAAGAGUUUAGAAGACAACCUUUUCCCCUUUUGGAGGGGGCAGUUUUUAGGUUUAAGCUUGGCAUUGUUAAAGCCUUGACAUAAUCAGUUUUACACAAAUUAUGUGUUAGCUAGAAAACUGAGGGACAUUCUCUACCAAGCCAUGACAACGUACUGCUGUAACUUAAUAAAAAUUGCCCAAGUGACUAUGCGUCUGCUGAAUGGAUUUUCUUACACCAUCUGGUUGUCAUUGUAGUUUUUUUGUUGUUGCUUUCAUUUGAAAUGUGCUGAUGAUCUUGUUUUUAUUCCGUAGCAUUGAACAGAUGGGUUGAUUAUUCUUUUCAGAUAUUAAUAAGGCAGCGGAAAGAAGAAAUAUGAAUACGGCUCCAUCAAGACCCAGCCCCACACGAAGAAAUCAGAAACGCACAAGCAAACAAUAAGAACGUGAACCUGUGUGAAGGGCCUGGCUGCUUUUUUAGAACAUACAUCAGGAGAUGCAGAGGAAGCUUUGUUUUCCGUGGCAAACCCAGCAAGUUCAGCUUGCACCAGAUCCAUAUGGCUUUGGAGAUGGUCGAGAUACAAGACGUGAUCGAUCGCCCAUUCGAGGAAGUCCAAGAAGAGAGCCCAGGGACGGCAGAAAUGGCCGGGAUGCUCGAGAUGGCAGAGACAUGCGAGACCCCCGAGAUUUGCGGGACCACAGAGAUACCAGAGACAUUCGGGAUCACCGAGACAGCAGAAGUAUGCGUGAUGCUCGGGACAUGAGGGAUCUUAGAGACUUUCGUGACCUGAGAGAAACUAGGAAUUUUCGAGAUCACCGAGAUCCCAUGUACGAUAGAUACAGAGAGAUGAGAGAGUCCCGAGAUCCCAUGUACAGGAGAGAAGGCUCUUACGACCGAUACCUGCGAAUGGAUGACUACUGCAGGAGGAAAGAUGAUGCUUACUUUGACCGUUACAGAGAUAGCUUUGAUGGACGAGGCCCUCCAGGCCCAGAAAGUCAGUCUCGUGCAAAAGAGCGUCUGAAACGUGAGGAACGUCGUAGAGAAGAGCUCUAUCGUCAGUAUUUUGAGGAAAUCCAGAGACGCUUUGAUGCCGAGAGGCCUGUUGAUUGUUCUGUGAUUGUGGUCAACAAGCAGACUAAAGAUUAUGCUGAAUCUGUGGGGCGGAAGGUCCGAGACCUAGGCAUGGUAGUAGAUUUGAUCUUCCUCAACACGGAAGUAUCACUGUCACAAGCCUUGGAGGAUGUUAGCAGGGGAGGGUCUCCCUUUGCUAUUGUCAUCACCCAGCAACACCAGAUUCACCGCUCCUGUACAGUCAACAUCAUGUUUGGAACCCCUCAAGAGCAUCGCAACAUGCCCCAGGCAGACGCCAUGGUGCUGGUGGCCAGAAAUUAUGAGCGCUAUAAGAAUGAGUGCCGGGAGAAGGAGCGCGAAGAGAUUGCCCGACAGGCGGCCAAGAUGGCUGAUGAAGCCAUCCUCCAGGAAAGAGAGCGAGGAGGCCCUGAGGAAGGGAUGCGCGGGGGGCACCCUCCAGCCAUCCAAAGCCUCAUCAACCUGCUGGCCGACAACAGGUACCUCACUGCUGAAGAGACUGACAAGAUCAUCAACUACCUUCGAGAGAGGAAGGAGCGGCUUAUGAGGAGCAGCGCCGACUCUCUGCCUGGCCCGAUUUCCCGUCAACCACUCGGGGCGACCUCGGGUGCCUCACUGAAGACACAGCCAAGCUCUCAACCGCUCCAGAGUGGCCAAGUGCUCCCGUCUGCUACACCCACUCCAGCUGCACCCCCCACCUCCCAGCAAGAGCUUCAGGCCAAAAUCCUCAGCCUCUUCAAUAGUGGCACGGUUGCGGCCAAUAGCAGCUCUGCAUCCCCCUCAGUUGCUGCCGGAAACACCCAGAACCAGAAUUUUUCCACAGCAGCGAACAGCCAGCCUCAGCAAAGAUCACAGGCCUCUGGCAAUCAGCCUCCAAGCAUUUUGGGACAGGCAGGAUCUGCUCGGAACAUGGGCCCCAGGCCUGGGGCUCCUUCCCAAGGGCUCUUUGGCCAGCCUUCCACCCUCCUGGCACCCGGCAGCAACUUGGCUAGCCAGAGGCCCGUGUCUUCCACAAGUAUCAACUUUGACAAUCCAAGCGUACAGAAAGCUCUGGACACCCUGAUCCAGAGUGGCCCUGCUCUCUCCCACCUGGUUAGCCAGACCACAGCACAGGUGGGGCAGCCGCAGGCCCCCAUGGGAUCGUACCAGAGGCAUUACUGAGGCUAAAUCUCAACUUCCCCCAGGCCCCUCUUCCCCUGGCCUCCUACCUGUUGCGUUCUAAGUAGAGUUACUUGGAGGAUGUUCUCUGCGCAUAUCCAGGUCCACAUCGAAUGUCAUAAGUUUCUACCACCUGCUCUCUUCUGCCCAAGGCGGUUGUUACUUAUUCCUUCCAGAGUCAGAGUUUGUACUGCCUUGGAGGUGUAUUUUUUGUUGUUGGGGUUAUUUUUUUUUUCUUUCUUUUUUUCUUUUUUUUUUUGAUAGAAAAUAAAUAUCUCUGGGGUCAUGGGCAGUAUAGGUGUCUGGGCUCCGUUUGUAUUUCAUUUGUCUCUGUCAGCUCGAUGUGGGGGCAGGGGAGGAGAAGCAGCCAGGCCCCUGCUGGCUGCGUGUGGGGUGGUCCUUCCAUUGCAAGAGCCACAGCCUUUGUUCGUUUUGAGCCUCCCCAGGCUUUCUGGCCCCACGCAGGCCCACCUGAGCACGAGCUCCUGCCUGCGUCCCUGUGUAGGGUGGUAGAGCGCAGGCUGGGCCUGGUGGGCACGGCGCCAGCGCGCCCCGUCCCGCAUGUGUGGGGGCGGUCUGAGGGGUGCUAAGCAGGCUGCUCUGGAGUUGGAGAGGGGCCAUGGCAGGUACUUUUCUGCCUGACCCAGAGUAGUUGGUUCUUGGUUUUUCUUUUUUCUUUUUUCCUUUGUGGCUUUCAUUGCAAUGGAAGAUUUUCCAUGAACUGAACAGCACUGGUCACCAGCAGUUUAACCCAAACUGUGAAUCUGGGCCCCAACCACUCUUAACCCUUUAACAUUUGUCAGCCUCUUCCUCACCAGUGGUAGUUUCAUGGAGUUGGCUCUGAGAAGACUGCUCUAGACUCUGGCAGUGAACACCUGUUUUUUCAGUGAUUGCUUUGAGCUUUUGGCCCAGAAAUCAGGCUCUUGUUCUGUUUUCUGAGCAGCAGGAGGUAGGGACCAUUUUGAUGUCAGACUUUUGGUAGCCAGACAUGUUCUUGAUGCAGCAGGCUGUUCAAAACUUUUGAGCCAGAGUGAAUUUACUGGAGGGAGGACCUCUGCCUGCUGCUCUUAAGUGGAGCCAAAGGAAGCUGCCUUCUCCCUAGGGAUGGUGCUCCUUAGAGCCUUGUGGAUCAGCCUCAAGGGACCCCUGGCGGAGACACGGGAGAGCAGUGACUUCAGCUGAGUCCUUGCCAGUAGCUGAGUAAACAUUGGUUUCCAAAACUCAAGGUCCCCAGAUGGCAGUGUUUUAUGUUCUGACCUGUUUGUGUUAUAUAGUGGUUUUUUUUUCCUCUUUGAAACUCCUGUGUUGUUAAUAAGAUGAAAUGAUUACUUUUUAAUUAAAAUGGAAAAGUGAAAGCUGUGU